CACCCGCAGGGCAGCAGGGCCAGCACCGACCGUCUGCCCCCGGCACGUCCCACCGGGGAGGGGGUGGGCGGGCACGCGUGGGGCGGGGAGAUCCGCCGCCCGGCCUCUUUCCGCACCGGCGGCCGGAGCCUUAACGGCGGCUGGUCCCGGCGGCGCAGGGGCUGGCCGAGGGGAGCGGGACCCCGUCGGGGGCCGCUGCCAGCGAUGCCUCCCUCGCGCCCGGGGCGCAGCCUCCGCCGCGCUCCCCCGCGGGUGUCCAGCGCGGCGCGGCGGCUGUGGGGAGCGCGGGGCCGGUACCCGCCGCUGAGCAGCUCCGCGGGGCGGGGGGAAGGAGGGCGAUGUCCUCUUUGGUGAAGGAGGACCUGGCGAAGAAGCUGUUCGGCCCCCGGCGGCAAAGGCUGCACGAGUUCAUCGAGGUGGAGGGCUCGGGCGUGGAGCGCUGCUACCUGUGCGCCGCAGUGACUAGAAGUGAAGAAAUAGAAAUAUGUAUGGUUAAACACUGGCGAGUGGAUCGAGAGGAGAAAUAUGAAAUAGUUGAAAAGUGGUUUUUGAAAGAUCUGGAGAUGAUUGAUGGAAAAGAAGCAGAUACUGACAAUCCAUAUUUUGACAUGCACUUCCACAAAGUCUACAAUCUGGAAGCCUAUAGUUGUGCAUCUAAAUAUACCUUUGUUCGAACGCUAAACAAACUGAAUGAAAUGUACCUUAAGAAGGAUUUGAAGAUUGUGAACUUUGAUGACACCUACCUAAAUGAUGAUUCAAUCUGGUCAUCCAACAAUAGGGAUUGCUUAGUACUUAUGAGGAUAUGUUUCUAUGCUUCCAACCUUCUAUGUCUCUCCCUGUGCCCUUUGUCCUAAAGAUGCAUUUUCUAACAUUAAGGUGACCGGUUGACUUUCACUGACCAGCAUUUCAUAAAUCAUCUGAUCAAAAAGACAGUGAUAUGCAGUAUCUGCUUUUUAAUUUUACAUACACAUAAAAAAUGGAACAUACUUUUUAUAUAAACAAUUGACCGUUCAUUUAUAUAUAUUAGAAAGGCCUCACUCUGGCAAAUACUUAUACAUAUAUGAGACUUUCAACACAGGACCAAUAACUCUUAUGGUCAGCGGUGAUUGCUGACGUAAGUAGAGCUCAGCAUUUGGUCAUAUGUUCAUGGAGGUAUAAAUUAUCUUUCAUUUAUAGCUGGAAGUAUUUUUAAAGUAUCAAGAGCAUUAACAGUUAAUUUUUAUAUCCUAAAAGUAGAAAAAAUAAAGCAACCAAAUGAGGUCUGUACCAGAAUGAUGCACAUUUCCAUUUUAACUCCAUUAAAGAGAUCACACCUAAAAUACAUUAAUACAAGAAUCAAAUCCUCAUCCUGAUGAAUCAGAGUUUUGCAUUUAUGUACCAUGGGACCAAUUUUUCACCUAUGCAGUUAUAAUUAUUUUUGCCUCAGAAUAUGUAGUACUCCCUUUGGCCUUUCCACUAUUUGUGGUACGGUCUUAGAGACAGAAAAUUAAUGUUCUUAAGCAGAAUUGCUUUAUUUAUCAGACCUUUCAGAAUUUUUUUCUCCUAUAUCAUUAACAUCUUCUUUCUUGCACUUUAUUGUUUAUGUAGAUGAACAGGCCCGGUUAGGGAACAGAAGUUGUUUGUUUGCCUUUUCUCUACCUCUGGACCAAGAGUUAACAAAACACUAUGUAAACAGCAGGUUUUGGCUACUAUGAUUACUUAGUAGGUGCAUGAUAGACUUCUCAAAAUCCAUAGAAUUAUGAGAACAAUUUUCACCGGUCUCUCUCUAUCUGUUAGCAUGUUCAGUGUAGUAUUUAAAUGUGUAUUAGUACUUUGAGUUCUCUUUAACAUGGGGUGGAAUCUACUGAGUGAUCUGGAAGGUCCCACCUAUAACAAAAAAUAACGGCUGGACUUGUGACAGAAUUAAAUUACAGCAGAAACAGAGGAUGAAUAAAAGCUGUGCUGACGAAGAGCUGAAGAGGAACAACACUGACAAUAAGAAGCAUUGUGACAUUGCCCAGUGUCAGUCAGCUAAGAUACCUGGCUGCUCUUCCCAAAGUCAGUAGACAAAUGCCAACCUGAAAGAUGAGUAGAAGCUUCUGCUCAGAACAUCCCGCAGGAGAAAAUGUCCUUUCCCUUUUGGCAGCCGAGAGAAUACAGAGAGACUAACUGUGGGACUAACCCAGCUACAUACCUAACGCUGGUCAAUGGAAACAGCUCCUAGGAAAUCACAAGUUGGUUACUGCCUCUCUUAGUGCCUGGCACCUGUAAAAUGGGAUGGUCACACAAGGGUCCUGUGAUUUGUACUUCACUGAUGUCUUUCAUAGGGACUCCCACCUUUGAAAACAUUUGUGUAAAUGUACUUUGGAUUCAAAAUGGAAAUAACACCAAAUAAAGGUGAAUAUAUUUGAAAAACUGUAUAAAAUGUACAGUUUUCUACUUUAAUUUUUAAAUGUUACCCUAUUGCUUGUAUAUAGGAAAGGCCAUACCUUUUGAUUAUCUAACCUGCAGAAGUUAUAUAUUUAUUCUAGAUAUACGUUCUAAAUUACAUACAUUCUAACCCAAAUCUUAAUAGUUGCAUACACUUUGACAGUUGUAAAGGCAGUUUAUGUGGGCAAUUCAAAUUUUCUGGAAAUAGGUAGGUCUUAAAUCUUACAUUUGCCACCUAAAUACUGUUAGAGAGACAAGGAUUGUAUUUAUAGUAAUUGUUUAUGAAAUGCACUUGUUCUUUUCAGAAAGAAACUGGGAUAAUCCAGUCCAAAUAUGUGUCUUGUAACAUUUGAUCCACAGCUACAAUAAGUAUUUGCCCAAUAUCUGGGUUCCACAAAAUCACCUUCAGUAGCAAGUGUAAUUCAGACUACUGUCACCUAUGACAUAUUGUCUUGUUUGGAGUGUGUAUUAAUUGUAGUGGUCACAAUGUUUUCUGUAAUGUUUACAAAUUAUUUGCUUAAUAGGCACAAGAAAACAUUUUUCUGCGUGGAAAAUCUCCCAUAAUUCAUCUUGUAAU